AUAACAAUCUGUCAAUUUCGCAUGUUUCAUUCUACAAAAUCUAGUAUCUUUGUAUUAUUUGCCUUAAAAUAAAAUUUUAAGUGCUGAAACAACACAGUCAUUUAACAAACAUGUCUACAAGUGAACCUAAGCCCGAAGCAAUGGAGGAAGACUCAAAGAAACCAAUAUGUUUGAUCAUUUUAGGCAUGGCUGGUGCUGGCAAGACUUCUUUUACGCGGCGGCUGUCUAAUAAAGUCGUGGAAGGCUCCAGGCCUUACCUGAUUAACUUAGAUCCGGCAUGCAGAGAAGUGCCUUAUCCUGCUAACAUUGACAUUAGAGACACAGUGAACUACAAAGAAGUUAUGAAGCAAUAUGGUCUGGGUCCCAAUGGAGGCAUAGUGACAGCUCUCAACUUGUUCUCCACAAAGUUCGGACAAGUUGUGGACCUUAUUGAGAAGGCUGGCAAGAAACAUAAGUACUGUAUUAUUGACACACCAGGUCAAAUAGAAGUAUUCACCUGGUCAGCCUCAGGUACAAUUGUGACAGAAGCGUUAGCAUCAUCCUGUCCCACUGUAGUGGUUUAUGUAAUGGAUACCGUCCGCAGUGUGUCACCUGUCACGUUUAUGUCCAAUAUGUUGUAUGCAUGCUCCAUAUUGUAUAAGACGAGGCUGCCUUUCAUAGUUGUGAUGAACAAGACGGACGUAGUAGACAACUCCUACGCAGUUGAAUGGAUGCGGGACUUCGAGGCGUUCCAAGAAGCGUUAGACGCUGAAGGCGAGGGCGAGACGGAAGGCGGGAACACAUACAUUGGCAACUUGACUCGGUCUAUGGCAUUGGCACUAGAUACAUUCUACUCAGAUCUGCGGUGCUGUGGUGUUAGCGCUCAUACUGGGGAUGGGUUAGAUGAAUUCUUUAAACUGGUUGACGAAGCAGCUGAAGAGUAUGAAAAGGAAUACAAAGCAGACUGGCUGAAGAUGCGCGCAGAAAAAUUGGAAGAGGAAAAACGAAAGGCAGAAGAAUUGAAAAAUAAAGGUCCAGACGACACGAUUAUAGACAAGAAAAAGCUAAUAGAAGAGGUGUCAAGCGGUCGCGAGCUCAGUGACAUGUAUCUCAAACAUCCUGCCAACGAGAGCUCUAGUGACGAGGAGGGCACGGAGAAUCAACCUGAAGAAGAUGACAAACCAGCUGAUGUAGCGAUGUUCCAAGAGUUCAUCAGAAAACAUGUUAAACCUAACAAUACUGGGAACAACACGUAAAUGUUAGUUUAAGAAUUUACCUACCUGUAAAUAUAGAUAAGAGUAUUUUUAUACAAUUCCGCUUGAUGCUUUAAAAUUUGUAGAAAAUAAAACCAUUUUUUUUUUCUAAACUAUGUGUUUUUAUUCGAUUAAAAGUAUGUGGCAACACAACCCUGCAAUAUUUUGAAAAAAUAAUUUUGAGAAUAUUAAAUUAAUAGGUACCUAAUUAAAAAUUACAAUAUUUAGGUGCAAUGUGCAAAGUUGGUUAAACUUAAAUACUUUUCUCAAAAUAUUAAAGCUAUGAACAACUCAAGUCUUUGUGAUAAGGUUAAAAUAUUUAUUUUACUUUGUUUUUUUCUGUAGUGUCACACAAAAAAUAUCGAAAAAUAAAUAAGACGAUACAAAUAAUAAAUACUUAAAAAUAUUUACAGUAAACAUAAUCACAUUUUAAAUUAAUUAAAUAGACCGGCACUUGAAAUGGAGUGAAUCUUCUUAAAAUUAAGACUAAAACUAAACACGAACAUUUAAAGCGAUUAAAUCCGAAAAUAACUAAAAAUUAGAUGUAAGUGAAUGGCCGAUUUAACUUUGAAGAUAUUUAUAAUGUUGGAAAUUAUAAGGUGCACUGAAAAACAAUUAUAAUUAGCAAAUAUUCUUCGAUGGUUUUAUUUAUUCGGUUCAUACAGUAUAGCAUCAUUUUUUUUUACAAAAAUAUUUGUUAGAGAUAUCUUUGAAGCAAAGAAUUGACAUUUGGUUAUGUCAUUUCAUACAACGAAUUUUGUGAACACGACAUUGUGAUUUUAAGUACAAACAAAAAAGUUAUUCUGCAUUAUUCUAACAUCACAGACAUCUAAAUUCAAUACUAGUCACAUUG